GAAGAAGUGAAAGUGCUUUUAGUAAAAACGUUGGGCCUAUCAUCAAGCCCAAACCAGCCCAACGUAUAAAAAAACAACAAAAACAAAAGAAAAACAGUGAAAUAGAGGAGAGCGUCGGAUGAUCGAGAGAAAAACAGUGAAAUAGAGGAGAGCGUCGGAUGAUCAAGAGAGGCGUGGGCGGCAUUGAAGACUGAGAAACAAAAACCCAGUGAUUCUUAUUGGGAUUUUCACUUGAGAAUUAAAGUUUUUCUUUGCAGAAUUUUAGAGCUGUGGAAUCAGAAUGGAACUAGCAGAUCGAGCAGUUGGGUUUUUAUUAUCUUUUAUCAGCUUAUCCAUUUUCACUUAUUAUACUUUUUGGGUCAUCAUCCUGCCAUUUGUAGACAGUGAUCACUUCAUCCACCAAUAUUUCCUUCCCCAAGAGUAUGCCAUAUUGAUACCAGUAUUUGCUGGAGUGGUGCUUCUCUGCUUCUUAUGCAUAUUUAUCGGGUUUGUGACACUCAAAUCCAAAAAGAAGAAGGCAUGAUGCAUCUACAUUGCUGUUUUCAUAUCUUCAAAAACAUCCAAAAAUUCUAAUUUUCUUUCUCAUACUUGGCGGUAUUUGUUAUUUGGAUUGGACUUCUGGAAAAUGAGAGCAGCUUAGAAGAUUUGUGUUACUGUUUCACUGCUAAUAUUUGACUUGACAAUGUAGCUGGGUAUGUCAAAAGCCUUUUCGUUUCGCUCUAUUUUUCACUUGUCAGAGAAACUUUCUGAAAUUCAAUUGUGGUAAAGAAUUUUAAUGGAAAAGGAAUUUAAGCCUUUUGCAGCUGUCAAUGGCCAGAUCUGGCCUUUUCCGACCAGAUCCGUGGUGGUUUGCGUUGUAACGCCAUCUUUCGAUCAGAUUCCGACGGUGGUGGCCGAAAUCUGACACUGGGG